AUGGCCAACCUCAUCGAAGGACUCUACCACACCGUCCAAGGACUGCUCCAGAGCAUCUUUGCCGUCUUCCAAUCCUUCUUCAACGUCAUCUAUUCGUUCCUCCACGGUAUCAUCUCGCUCGUCUGGGGCGUGCUCGAGAGUGUGGCCGAGUUUGUCGGUGCUUCCGUCCACUUUGUCAUCUCAAACAUUCUCAUCCUCGGCCUGCUCGGCCUCGGUUUCGUACUCUACAACGACCGAAGCAAGCGCGGGACUAUUGGGAAUGACAUCAAGACUCACGCCCAUAACACCAGGCUUCAGGCCCAGAAGAAGGUCGGAUGA